AUGCGUUGGUCACAAAUAAUGAACAAAAACGCACUGCGGGCGUACUUUAGGGCUAAAGGGGAUGAAACUGGAUGUUUGGCGUAUCGGGCUCGGGUGCAUCGCUUUUUUGGAGAGCUGGAGAAAUCUCACGACCGGGAGCAUCAGACAGCCGGGAGAAAAAGAAUCGAGGACCGUAUCGCAAAGGCAAGGGCCCUUAUCGGCAGACUGACAAGCUUCAAGUCGGAUAAUAAUAGACCGCGAGUUGAGCGCACCGUUAGAAUGGCAUUUGCUGGGAUAAAUAUUAGUUUGUCCCAGCCGGAUAUCACGCAGAAACUAACGGAGCGCAUAGAUGACCUGAAGCAAAAAAUCGCUGCUUGGGGGAAGCGGUUCAACCAGAAUCGUCUAUUUCAGAUUGAUCAGAAGAGGCUCAAUAAAUCAUUGGAGCGACUAGAGGUAUGUGGAGCGGGCCCAGGACUGAAUCAGGCCGAUACUGUCGCAUUUUGGCGUGGCCUGUAG